GUUCAUGUGUUCACAGUUACCUAACCAGGUACUGAAGAGCAUCAGUAUCAUAGACAGCCCUGGCAUUCUCUCUGGAGAGAAGCAGCGCAUCAGCAGAGGCUACGACUUCUGCCAAGUCCUCCAGUGGUUUGCCGAGAGGGUCGACCGCAUCAUCCUCCUUUUUGAUGCCCAUAAGCUGGAUAUAUCUGAUGAGUUUUCAGAGGCUAUUAAGUCAUUCCGGGGCCAGGAUGACAAGAUUCGAGUGGUGCUUAAUAAGGCUGACCAAGUGGACACACAGCAGCUGAUGAGGGUCUACGGUGCGCUCAUGUGGUCCCUGGGAAAGGUGAUCAACACUCCAGAGGUGCUGCGGGUCUACAUUGGUUCCUUCUGGGCCCAUCCUCUCCGAAACACGGAGAACCGAAGACUCUUUGAAGCUGAGGCACAAGAUCUUUUCAAGGAUAUCCAGAGUCUCCCGCAGAAGGCUGCUGUGCGGAAACUCAAUGAUCUCAUUAAGAGGGCGAGACUUGCAAAGGUUCAUGCUUACAUCAUCAGCUAUCUGAAAAAAGAAAUGCCCUCUAUGUUUGGAAAAGAGAACAAGAAGAAGGAACUGAUCAGCAGAUUGCCAGAGAUCUACAUCCAGCUGCAAAGGGAAUACCACAUCUCAGCAGGGGACUUCCCUGAAGUCAAGAAAAUGCAGGAGCUGUUGGAGACUUGUGACUUCACUAAGUUUCACUCUUUGAAACCAAAGCUAAUUGAAGCUGUAGAUAACAUGCUGGCCAACAAAAUUGCCUCCCUGAUGAGCCUGAUCAGACAGGAAGAGAGCAAUAUGCCCACAGAGAUGGUACAAGGGGGAGCAUUUGAUGGCACCAUGGCAGGACCUUUUGGCCACGGAUAUGGAGAAGGUGCUAAGGAAGGAGCUGAUGAAGAUGAAUGGGUUGUUGCCAAAGAUAAACCUGCUUAUGAUGAGAUUUUCUACACUCUGUCACCAAUCAAUGGCAAAAUAUCUGGGAUCAGUGCAAAGAAGGAGAUGGUGACUUCUAAACUACCCAACAGUGUCUUGGGGAAGAUCUGGAAACUUGCAGACUGUGAUGGUGAUGGGAUGUUGGAUGAUGAGGAGUUUGCAUUAGCAAAACAUCUUAUCAAGAUUAAACUGGAUGGAUAUGAACUGCCUGGCACGCUACCUUCCCACCUGGUGCCACCCUCUCACAGGAAACCUUUGCAAACAGCAGAGUGA